AGCGACCUCCUCCGCCGUGCCGAAGUCAUGCUGCAACAAGCCGCCAAACUCCGCUGCCGGGCCUUCGUGGCGCCGGCCGACGUGGUGGGCGGCGUGUACAAGCUCAACCUGGCCUUCGUGGCCAACCUGUUCAACCAGCACCCCGGCCUGCAGCGCCAGGCCGACACCCAGGAGUACCACCAGCUGGACGAGACCAGGGAGGAGAAGACGUACCGCAACUGGAUGAACUCGAUGGGCGUGGCGCCGCACGUCAACUGGCUGUACUCGGACCUGACGGACGGGCUCGUCAUCUUCCAGCUCUACGACAUCAUCAAGCCUGGCAUCGUCGACUGGAAGAAGGUGCACCGACAGUUCUCCAAGCUUCGCAAGUUCAUGGAGCGCCUUGAGAAUUGCAACUACGCGGUCGAGCUCGGCCGCCGCCUCGGCUUCUCGCUCGUCGGCAUCGCCGGCGCAGACAUCAACGAGGGCAACGCCACGCUCACGCUCGCGCUGAUCUGGCAGCUGAUGCGAGCCUACACACUAUCUGUGCUGACGCGGCUGGCCAACACCGGCAGCCCUAUCAUUGAGCGCGAGAUCGUGGCUUGGGUCAACGCCAAACUGCAGGCGGCUGGCAAGGCCUCCUCCAUCAGAAGCUUCCAGGACGAGGUGCUGGCUGACGGUAAAGUGGUGAUCGACUUGCUUGACGCCAUCAAGCCCGGUGCCAUUAAUUAUGACCUUGUGCUGCCCGGCGCCAACGAAGAGGAAAGGCACGCGAACGCGAAAUACGCAAUCAGCAUGGCGCGUCGGAUGGGCGCGCGCGUGUAUGCCUUACCCGAGGACAUCACGGAACGCAAGCCCAAGAUGAUCAUGACGGUGUUCGCCUGCCUCAUGGCGCUCGACUACAUCCCCGCGCCCGGGCACAUCGCGCCCACACAACCGCCAGAGGAGUCGGACUACCUCGAUGAUUCUGCGGGGUCCAUAGAGAUCGUAGAUCAUGACGACGAUUCUGCAGGUGCCAUACAAAUCGUGGGUGACCUGGAUGACUCUGGAUAUGGCAUGGAGAAACCCCCCCUUCCUCCUAAGCCAGAAUUGUCCCAAAUAACUAGAUCCAUGUCACAUGUUGAAUAAUAUCGCGUAAGGUCAAUCCAGUCAGUUUUUAAAGUGUUUUUAUAGAAUGAUCCGUAUUUUAUUUUUGGAUAAUAUUAUGUAUUGCAUAGUUGUAUGUGGUUGUAUAGAUAGUGCAUAGAUUUCUCGCCAUUAUACUUGUGCAUUCAGUCGAUAUGAUGUGAUGUGAUUAUAAUUAUGUCUGGGAAUCGAUUUUUAAUUAGAUACAUUAUUUUCAUAUUACAGACCGAAUUUUAGUGGAGUAUUGAGUACAUAACCAAUUGAUAAAUCUAGUUUGAUCGAUUCAAAUGUGUGUAAUAAUUUAUUUUUAUACAAACUCCGAAUUUUUAUUAAUCAACAACCACGUUUUUAUUGUC